GUAGCUGAACAGGCCAAUUUAAAAAGGCCGACUGGAAGGUGAGCUGCAAUAGCGACCUAAAUUGUUGCGCUAUCAUCUCCCAUCAUGCUGCUGCCGUUCGUCCCUCCGGCGGUGCUGUUGUGCUCGACGUUAUUUGCCGAGAUUGUUUACUGGUCCAUUCUGCCUCGUUUGGCUGUAUACAUUGCCAUCUCAGCCAGCGCCACCGCGUCCAUCUUCAAUCCUCCAUUCGGAAAUGCCCUGCUCAACUAUAUGAACGGCUUCUUCUCCUCUUGGUACAUCGUCUGGGCUGCCAACAUUCUCUUUCUCUAUCGCAUCAGGGAAAUAAAGCGCCUUCGAAAGAGUCCGAACAAAGAUGGCUACCACUGGGAGUCUCUACCACCACUCGGCUAUACCAGACUUCUCUGGACUUUAGACCUAACCACCAACUUUCGCGGAAUUGGAUGGGAACACGCCACUCCAAAAGGCGGAUAUGCAGUGCUGAACGAGAGCGCAAGUGACGCUGCAGACCAUCUCCACUCUCGGUCGAAAUGCAUCCUCAAGCAGGUUGCGAGGCUGAUGAUCGCGUACACUGCGAUAGAUCUCUCCCACCAUAUACUCGUGGACUGGAGGUUUAUAUCGGAUCCAUUCUUCACUGUUGCCGAAAUCAUCGGAACGGCAUUGUUCAUCUUUGGCUUCAUCGACGGACUGCACGCAUCCAUCGCCCUCCUAGGCGUGGGCCUCCUAUCCGAUGAACCCUGGCGAUAUCCCACCCUCUUCGGCAAAGUAACAGACCUCAAACGAAUGCGACUCAAGGACCUCUGGGGCAAACUCUGGCACGACCUCUUCAAAAACGGCUUCCUCACAGUCGCCCAAUCCGUCGUCUCGCCAGGCCCCCCAGUCCUGCUCUUCUGCUUCCUCCUCUCCAGCUUCGUUCACGCGGCCGCUUCAUACUCUGGUUCCCUUGACGUGCGUUCCACAGCGUGGAUGGUGAUGUUUUUCAUCGCGCAGCCGGUUGGGGUCGUCGCGCAGGGGCUGCUGACUGUGUGGGUGAAGGAUGCGCUGGGCGGGUCCAAGUCGAGUCCGCUGAAUCAGGCUGUGUUGCACAUGGUGGAUGUCGUGGUUGGGGUGGUGUUGAUCUAUAAUGUCUUUCCGUGGAUGAGUCGGGAUGUGGCGGUGCGGGGGUCUGUACUGAGCUAUGAGGUGCCGUGGAGUGUGGUGGAUUAUGUGCAGGCGUUGUGUGGUUGAUUUUUGAUUUGACUGUCAGGGGCGUUAGAAUUAGAUGGCGAUGGUGAAAUAUAUUUAAAGCAUUGCCAUAGUUCAUCAGUAGUUUAAUGCAAUGGAUAGACACUAAACCAAGUAGAUGGAGGCUAUGGCAUAUUGGCUAAUAGACACAAGAUGAAAAAGAAAAAUAACAAGAUAUACUGCCAGCCUGUCACAUUACAGCAAUAUGGGAGAAUAUUCCGCGCAGAUCACAUCCCACUUAUUAUUGCAUAAAUGCUCCACCGGUUGGGGAUGCGGUCAGGGAUG